AUGAUGGUGGCAACAAGAUCCUUCAAACUUGUUUUGUUACUCCUUUGUUCAUUGACCAUUUUAUUGGCAGAAAAUACACCUAAUCAACAAAAGGACACAUCUAUUGAUGAAUACUUUAUUGAGAAAACAAUCGUUAAGAAUGUUGUGUCUAAAGGAGCAGUAUGCUUGGAUGGAACCCCACCAGCAUACUACAUGGAUAGAGGAUUUGGAGAAGGUGCUCAAAGCUGGAUGAUUCACCUCUCUGGAGGAGGAUGGUGUAGAGAUGUAAGUGACUGCCAAAAUCGUUCACGGACUUCUUUUGGUUCUUCAAAACUUAUGGGUACAUUCAAAUUUAGAGGUCACUUUAGCAAGAAUAAAAGUGCUAAUCCAGACUUGUUCAACUGGAACAAAGUUAUGGUUGCAUAUUGUGAUGGAGGAGCAUUCACUGGUGAUGUUGAAAGAGUUGAUCCUGCUACCGAUCUUCACUUUAGAGGUGCAAGAAUUUUUUCUGCAGUGAUGGAGGAUCUGUUAUCAAAAGGAUUAAAGGAUGCGAAAAAUGCCCUUCUUAUUGGCAGUUCUGCUGGCGCAUAUCCAGCAAUGUUAUAUUGUGAUCGCUUCAGCAAACUAUUGAUUAAUACUCCGAGAAUAAAAUGCUUGACUGAUAGUGGCUAUUUCGUCGAUGUUAACAAGACUCUUCAGAAGGGAAAAAGCUUCGAACCAAUCUAUAAAGCACUUGUUACAUUACAUGGGUCAGCCAAAGCUUUACCAAAAUCCUGCACUUCAAGAAUGAAGCCAGAAUUGUGUUUCUUCCCACAAAAUAUCCAACAAGAUAUCAAAACACCACUUUAUACAAUUAUGUCACCGUUCGAUAUAAUUCAGGUUGGUACUACAUUAGGUGAUUAUUACAAUGCCAUUAAACAGAAUAAUUUCUCUGCUAAUCAAAAGAAAAACCUGAGAGAACUUAGAUUGGAGUUGUUAACUAAGUUGCCAAAUGCAAGUGACCCAAAAUUAAGAGGAGCUUUCAUUGACUCUCAAUUUCAUCAUACUAGACUUCUGAAUUACUGGAAGCCACAGAAUGUCAGUGUGGUGAAUAAUGUGACAAUGAUAAAGGCAUUUGGGGAUUGGUACUUUGACAGGCAGUACUAUUAUCUCAUAGACAAGCAUGACUUGCCAAUCCCAUGA